GACCCAAUCCAGCGGCUCUCACCACCUCUGUCCAGAUCUCAGCCUCCUGAGUAUCUGGGAUUACAAACGUGAGCCACUGGCACCUGGCCAGGAGCACCUAUUGUGAAGCACCCACCAUUUCUGACUCACAUUCAAGACAUCUACCUGAAAGGAAGUGACUGUCCUGAGAUCUCAGUUAAUCCAGGGCAGCUGCCAGCACCCAGCCAGCUCUCCUGACCCUCUGCUCCCUUCCCGGCCCCCAGCAAUGGCGUCCACAGAGCCCCUGCACGUGAAGAGCCCUGUCCGCGACAGCAUGACCCUGUCCAAGGUGGCUGGCACCAGCGUCUACCUCAAGAUGGACAGCUCCCAGCCCUCCGGCUCCUUCAAGAUCCGCGGCAUUGGGCAUUUGUGCAAGACGUGGGCUGGACAAGGCUGUGAACACUUUGUCUGCUCCUCCGCGGGCAACGCAGGCAUGGCGGCCGCCUAUGCCGCCAGGAAACUGGGCCUCCCCGCCACCAUUGUUGUGCCCAGCACCACGCCCGAACUCACCGUGGAGCGGCUCAAGAGCGAAGGCGCCAAGGUGGAGGUGGUGGGGGAGACUCUGGUGGAGGCCUUUGAGCUGGCCAAGGCACUGGUGAAGAACAACCCUGGCUGGGUUUUCGUGCCCCCCUUUGAUGACCCCCUCAUCUGGGAAGGCCACACGUCCAUCGUCAAGGAACUGAAGGAGGCACUGAGCGAAAAGCCAGGGGCCAUCGUGCUGUCGGUGGGGGGUGGGGGACUACUGUGUGGAGUGGUCCAGGGGCUGCAGGAGGUGGGCUGGAGGGACGUGCCCAUCAUCGCCAUGGAAACCAUCGGUGCCCACAGCUUCCACGCGGCCACGAGGGAGGGCAAGCUGGUCUCGCUGCCCAAGAUCACCAGUGUUGCUAAAGCUCUGGGCGUGACCACGGUGGCGGAGCAGGCCCUGAAGGUGUUUCAGGAACACCCCAUCUUCUCUGAGGUUGUCUCGGAUCAGGAGGCUGUAGCUGCCAUUGAGAAAUUUGUGGAUGACGAGAAGACACUGGUUGAGCCUGCCUGCGGGGCUGCCCUGGCUGCCAUCUACAGCCACGUGGUGAAGAAGCUCCAGAGGGAGGGCAAGCUGCCGGUGCCCCUGUCGUCCCUGGUGGUCAUCGUCUGCGGGGGCAGCAACAUCAGCCUUGCCCAGCUGCAGGCCCUCAAGGCCCAGCUGGGCAUGAAGAACGGACUGCCUGCAUGAGGCCCAGCUGUACCUAGGAUGGGUUGGCAUCCUGUACUCGCUGUGAAUACUCCCUCCCUUUGGUUUGUGAGCAGAGUUGAGCAGGCGGUCAGCAGCCACCCCACCCCCAAGGCACUGAACUGAGCCAUCCUCA